AGGACGACGGCCGACUGCGAACUGCAUCCUCAGUCCGACGCACUUUGCGCCUCAUCUAUAAUGUGUCGUCUGGUCCGUGACAUGACUGAUUUAUCUUCAAAGAUUCACUGUGCAUUUAUCUUCUUUUUGUUAUGCGAGACGAACACGUACUCUCUCGUCUCGCACAUUUGCAACACGAGUACGCGGGAGGUUUCUACAGAUACGGAAUUUUCCUCGACAUCCGCGGAGUCAUUGUCGAUCUUCGAGGAGAUGGAGAACCGAUUGUCGAAUCUCGAACGUAGGAUGCGGGCAGUCGAACAUCCCGUUUGGCAGAUAAGUUUGAGAGAGGAAGAUUGGGAAGUCUGUGUCGAGGGGCCGUGUAAAUGCAUACCGGAAAUGAAAUCCGUAUCCUGCUGGAGAUAUAAUCUGCUAGAUCUACCCCCAACACAAUUGGUUCCCGCUGACGUGCUGAGACUAGAUCUCGGAAGUAAUCGGCUCAGCGCUCUGCACAGAGACACGUUUAGAAAUAUGACGCGAUUACAUCAUCUAGAUCUGAGUAGCAAUUUGGUUGAGCAUUUGGCGCCGAGGUUGUUCCUAUCCUUGCACAGUAUCGCAAAUGUUAGAUUGAGUAAUAAUCUUUUGAAGGAGAUGCAACGCAAUCAAUUUUUUGGGCUGAGAAAUCUUCGAAUACUCGACUUAUCGUCAAAUAGACUUCGUACUUUGUCGGAAGAUCUUUUCUUGAGUAACAAUCAGUUGGCUUUAUUGGAUCUUUCUUCCAAUCGCAUCUCGUCAUUACCUCCCGGUGCAUUUCGUGGUCUUGGAAAUCUUGACGAAUUGUUGUUGAGUAAAAACCGUCUAGUCGGAUUGCCGGUUUCGAUUUUCCGAGAAACUAUUAAUCUCAGACGCCUCGCACUUGAAGAAAAUCGUCUGAAAGAGCUACCUAAGAAUAUAUUCGAAUAUCUGACAUCUCUCAAAGAAUUGAAUAUGCGGAACAAUCGAUUAAUGGAAGUGCCUAACGGAUUAUUAUCAACUUUGGCACAGCUGGAAAUUCUAGAAAUAUCAAGCAAUAAAAUAUCUCGUAUUGAUUCAACAGCCUUUCACGGUAUGCCAGCGCUUCGAGAACUUCGACUGGGACAUAAUCAUAUAAAAUACUUGCCACCUGGAUUAUUCAACAAUUCCAUAUCUUUGGAACGUCUUAUUCUUUACGGCAAUCGCAUAGAAAUUCUAGUAAGAGGAGUUUUUCGUGGCUUGUUCAAUCUCACCUCUCUUUUUCUACAAUCUAAUCGACUAAAGAUACUGCAAUCAGGAAUUUUUGAGGACACUCCGAAUUUGCGAAAGCUACAACUGCAGUCAAAUGAUCUCUCGUUCUUGCCAGCUGGUAGCAUGGACGCCAUUUCUACAAUUCAACAAGUACGAUUAAGCCAGAAUCCCUGGCAUUGCGAUUGCCGUGCCUCUUACAUUGCUUCGUGGUUGCGAAAAAGAUUUGCCAGCUUCGCGAAUCUAACCAAUCCCUUGCAGAUACAACGGGUUUUAAUCAUGACAGGCAAUUGGAGUAUCUGGGAAUUUGGGGCUGGUGCAAUAUGCAGGGGCCCAGGUAUAUUGGGUGGUCAGUCGCUGCUGCGUUUGACCUUUCAUGAACUCUGCGAGGGUCAGUGGGCCUCCAUGAAGGGUAUCAUACCACGAUUACCUCUCGAUGUUAUAGCGCCAUCUCUUAAAUCGCAAGUCGCGAAGAAAGACACAAUUAUGGUGUGUAUGUAUGUAAACCCGAUUAAAUAAAAUAUAUUUCCAAUUGU